AAGAGAGGGCCAAAAUCAUAAAGGCAAAGGCAUAUUGAAUACAACAAAGCAAAGUGGCUCUCUGCAAAAACAGAGGACCGAUACAAAACAAACAACAACCAAUUACUACUAAACAAACACUCUCUCUUCUCUCUCUCUUCCUCUCCCCCUUUGGAGUUUGCAAUUUGCAAUUUGCUGCCACUACUCUCUCUGAUCUUUUUCUUCUUAAAUCGUAUCUCUUGAUCUCCAGCUCUUGCUGCUCUCCGGGAGCAUCUCGGAGCUGUCUCCGACGUGUUCUCUCUCUCUUGGGUCGGUUACAUCUCUAAUUACGGCGCUGAUUAGAGCUUUCUGUACCUUCCGGAGUGCUCUUUCUCCUUUGUUGAUGCCAAAUCUGAGCUCAAAUCAGCUUCAAUAACAUCAGCUCUGUUAAGGAAUGAUUCCAAUGGAUAAUAAUCACUGCGUUCCUAGUUCCAGCACCACCGGUCUUGUCUUUCCGACGAAUUACAGUAUAAAUGCGAUUAACGGUGCCUCCGGGUUUCUUCACCCGGCUGUUGAUUCGUCGGCUCCGGUGGCUGGAGUCAAACAAGAAUCUGCUUUGGUUAUGGAUUGGUCCGUUGAGGAGCAGUAUGUAUUGGAGAACGGCCUUGCAAAAUUGAAAGAUGAACCGAAAAUUUCAAAGUACGUAAAGAUCGCUGCAACUCUACCAGAUAAGACUGUAAGGGAUGUAGCAUUGAGGUGUAGAUGGAUGACGCGGAAACGGAGGAAAAAGGAAGACAUUAAUGCCGCUAAGAACCUUAUCAAUAGGAAGACCAUGCUUCUUCAUGGUAAGGUGGUGGAUACAUCCCCAGAACUGAACAUGCUAUCCAAUGUGCCACGACAAAAUGCUUUGUAUGUGAUGAACAAUAUGUGCCACAGUUCACGCAUGCCUUUUGAAGGUUUAAGUGAUGCAGUAAUGGAUCUUCUGCAGCAAAAUGCUCAAGCUUUAAGUCAAAUUUCUAACAACCUCUCUGCAUGGAAGCUGCAGGAUAACAUCAGUCUCUUUUAUCAGGCAAGAAAUAAUAUCAGCGCCAUUCUGACUGAUAUGAAGGAGAUGCCUGGUAUCAUGAGUCGGAUGCCGGCUCUGCCCGUUUCAAUUAAUGAAGAACUUGCAAGCAGUUUAUUAUCGAGUACAACACAGCCGUUAUCUUACACCAUUCCACCAAGCGUCCACCUGAAGCAAGAGCCGAGAAGUUGAUGGGGAAAGCCGGAUUUUGACCGAUGCUAAAGUUAAUAGCACAAGUACCUAGUACGUGGAAAUGUUUCCGUGAACGACAUGGGAAUGUUAUCAACUGCAGACACCGCUUCAGGACACGAGAUACAACAAUCGGUAUUGGUAAAAUCCUUGUGCUCUCGGGUAAUUUGACAGAGAAGAAUGAACUACACUCCCUCUAAGGCCAAGGUAAAAUCUUUGGCCACCACAAAAUGCUUUGGCCCUGGAUCAAACAUAGAAUUCCUUGAAAUUCAAUUAGAAGAUGGCAUAGGUUGAUGGAACUCAAAAGUCUUUUGCUGUAAUCUUGUUGAUGCUUAAAUUAGUAUAAUAACAGUUCUUCUGAGUAGGUCUUCAAAGGCCGAUUAUGUGUAAUACAAAUUCUAGUUAAGGUAAUAAUUUGUUAUCCACUAGGUACAUAUUCUUCAUUUUCAUGGUUUAUAACGUGCUGUGAUACAAAUCAUUGUAUA